UCGAUGGAGGAGAAGACCCUGAUGGCCACCAAUGGGGGGAAAAAUAUGGCCAAGCGGGCUUCAAGGCCGAAAAAUGGCAAACCCCCAAAGCGAUAAGCCUAGGCACAUCAAGUGCCUGCAAGUGAACCUCCAUCAUGCAAAGGCGGCCUCUGACGUCUUAUGCAGGAGGUUCAAAACAGAACUUUUGGAUGUCGCAUUCAUCCAAGAACCGUGGGUUUUCGCCGGGGCUAUUAAAGGCCUAAACGACUGUGAUGAGUUGACACAACAGGACUUAGCUGCUGUAUGGACUAAAGUGCCCACUCAAAUGGGAGAACAAGAGGUCGUUCUCGCUUCAGCUUACCUCGCAGGCGACAGCUGUGAGAUGCCCACAAGGGAAGUAAUAGCCCUAGAGGAGUACUGCAGAAGGAGAAAGCUGAAACUAGUAAUGAGCUGUGACGCCAAUGCCCAUCACUGUGUUUGGGGUAGCUCGGACACCAAUUCUAGAGGUGAGUCAUUUCUUGAAUUUAUCACUAAGAACAAUUUAUUUAUUCUUAACCGGGGUAAUGAGCCGACCUUUGUCAAUGCUAGGGGAGGUUCUAGACUUGACAAUUUCCUCAACUAGCUUGUCGACCUUUAUCUCAAACUGGCAUGUCUCAAAUGAGGUAUCUAUGUCGGACCACCGGCAUAUUCGAUUUGAU